AUGAUCUCGUCCAACGACCUCGACGUGCUCGAGUCGCUUGGGGCCAGCUUGAGCUGCGUCACCGCCGAAGGCGUUUACCGCGGCCGCGACGUAAUCGUCAAGACGUUUAGCUACUUUGGCCACAUCGAUGACUUUGGUCGUCGUGUGCAGACGUAUUACCAGUGCGUGAAUCAGAUGCUGCGUUCGCCGUAUCUGGUCUCACUGCUCGCGGUGGCAGACGUUGCAUCGGCCUGCCCCAAGCUCAUUUUUGAGUACAUGGACGGUGGCAGUCUCCGUGGCUACGUCUCGUCACGCAAGAACAGCAUGCCACCCGUGACGAUCACACUCGCCGUCGCCAAGGGCCUCGAGCAUCUGCACCGCCACCGCGUCGCGCAUGGUCGCUUGCUCCUGCACAACAUCCUCCUUGCGACCGACGGCCGGAUCAAGCUCGCCGAUUGUGGCUUUUCCUAUGAUGACGCAUACCUCGCGACGUUACCACCGGUUUACGAGAUGCCGGAAAUGAUGUGUGAUCCCCCGCAGGCCCCCGAGGCUCUCCAUUCCAAGGGUGCAGCCACCGCCGCCGCCGAUAUUUUUCGUUUGGCGUCAUGAUGAUCGAGCUCCUGUGGCUGAGAACGCAUGACAACUUGGAUUACUUUGGCAAAGCCAUGCUCUACAUCCAAGCUGGUACGGCGACAACCGACCUUCUCAAUGUACCCG